AUGGCAAAAGAACUUAAGAGCUCGCCUCCCGACCUGCACGCCGAUCAUGCUGGUGGGAUGGUGGAAGACGUCGAACACGACGCCGUCUUUGGAGAAAUCACCGAAGGGGGCCCCAACUAUCGCAAUGUUGGUUGGAUCGGCACAGCAGGCUUGAUGAUGAAGACUCAGAUCGGUCUGGGUGUCUUGUCAUUCCCAUCUGUGUUCGAUACACUUGGUAUGAUUCCCGGUGUGAUUGUGCUCUGCACCAUCGCCGGCAUCACCACCUGGUCAGACUAUAUCGUCGGAAUUUUCAAGCUUAACCAUCGCCAUAUUUACGGCGUGGACGACGUUGGGCAACUGAUAUUUGGACGCACCGGGAAAGAACUGUUGGCUUUCGCCUUCAUGGGUCAAUACGUGAUGACGGCCGGAUCAGCCAUGCUUAGUCUUUCGAUUGGUCUCAACGCUCUCUCAGAGCACGGGGCCUGCACCGCGAUUUUCGUCGCCGUCGCUUUCAUUCUGGUUUUUGUUCUUUCCAGCAUCCGCACACUCGGCCGCAUUACUUGGCUCGCGAUAAUCGGUGUUGUCGCCAUUAUUGGCCGGUCUCCGACUGCCCCUCAAAAUGUCGAAUGGAAGUCUGACUACAAGCUCUUUGCCAACCCGACCUUCCCCCAGGCCAUUUCGGCCGUCUCAAGUAUCAUUUUCGCGUACGCCGGUACGGGUGCAUUUUUCCCUAUCAUCCCUGAGAUGAGAAAUCCUCGUCUCUACACCCGAGCCCUGGCACUCUGCCAAACGGUCGUUACUGUCAUCUAUUUGGUUGUCGGUAUCAUCGUCUACUACUACUGCGGAUCCUAUGUUGCCUCCCCUGCACUCGGAUCCGCUGGAAAGAUGAUCAAGAAGGUCUCAUAUGGUAUUGCCUUCCCUGGAUUGCUCGUUAGCGGUGUCCUUCUCGCUCAUGUAUCAAGCAAAUAUAUCUUCGUCCGUAUGCUGCGUGGAUCGAGACACCUUACGUCCAAUUCACUCACUCACUGGGCUACAUGGCUGGGCUGCAGCUUCGGUGUCUGCCUCGUCGCCUACAUCCUCGCCAGCGCUAUCCCCGUGUUCAACGGCAUCGUGUCCCUGGCCGGAGCGCUCUUUGGCACCCUUCUAUCAUUCCAGCCCAUGGGUUGCAUGUGGCUGUAUGACAACUGGAGUCGCGGUAAGGAGAACCCUACUAUGCGCUGGCGUCUGAUGGUCGGCUGGAGUAUCUUUGUCAUUGUUUCUGGUACUUUCCUGAUGAUUGCUGGUACCUAUGGCGCCAUUGUUGGUAUCAUUGAUUCGUAUAACGCUGAUGGAGGGACGACUGCUUGGUCAUGCGCCGAUAACUCCAACUCUAGCUAG